AUGGUUGUCACGAAAAUAUUUUCACGGGCCUUCGGCACCGCGUUGGGCCAGCCCUGGGUCGGCACUCACGUGGUCAGCGUGCAGGCGCUGGACGGGGGCGCGCGCGCGCGGCCGCGCUGGCGAAGUGCGCCGGCGCGCCCCCCCGCCCGUGAAUAUCAUCGGCGCUCGCGCGCUGACAUCGCGACGAAGAGACGCGCGCUCCCUCGACCGCCAGCCGCACUACCGCGUAUUUAUAAACGGAACGCCACGCGCUAUCCGCGGCCGGGUACUUUUUACACGACUCUCGGCACUUACGACGGACGGAGCACUGAAGGGGCGGGCUCCUGGAUUGUCUGGCCGACUCGGCCGGCGCCGCCGCCGACGCGC